UACAGGAGUUUGCUGUGAGGACCCCGAGUGAAGAAGAGGAAGAUGCGCGCCCUCGAAAACAUUCUCGCGUUGGAAAAAUCGGUUAGCUUUCCGCUUCCUGUCAAGAGAUCCAGGCGCUCCGUCAGAUAAUAAGAAUGCCCAAAUCAAAGGAAGUGCUGUCUUCCACAUCUGGAAGUGACUCCGACAGUGAAGUGGAGACAAAGGCAAAGAGAAAGAAGCCAAGUGCCCCGGAGAAACCAGCCAAGAAAGCAAAGAGUGGAGAGAGCUCCAAGCCCGGGGGCUCGUCCAAGGGCAGCAGUAAUGGUGAUGACAACAUGUUCCAGAUUGGAAAGAUGAGGUAUGUCAGCGUCAGAGACUUCAAGGGUAAAGUCCUCAUCGACAUCAGAGAGUACUGGAUGAACCAGGAUGGAGAGAUGAAACCGGGGAAAAAAGGUAUCUCCUUGAAUCCCGAACAGUGGAACCAACUGAAGGACCAAAUCUCGGAAAUUGAUGAUGCCAUUAAGAGAAUAUAAGCAUUCCUUCCAGUGUUGAAUCUGUUGAACUAACUGAAUAUGUUGGCUUUUGUAAAAAGAAGAAAAAAGCCUGGGAUUGUUUUCUAAUGGGUUUGUUUAAUUUGUAGUUUAUAUAUGUAGUUGUCUGCAUAUUCUGGGUUUGUGUGUGUGAAACCUGUUUUUCAGCUAUGGUAGUAACGGUGUGGGCGGAGAGUAUGUGGUUAUGGGUAGGGUACACCAAUACAGUCAUGUUUUUGAAUUGUAGAAUAAAAACAAAGACUAGCUUAAUGUUUCAGUCAGUGUGUAAGAUCCAUGUGUUUCUUUUUCAUGUGCAGCUGUUAGCUGGUAGGUCUCAUCUCUGAAACCCAGCCUGGUCUGUCGUGUUUCACAGUGCUGUGCAAAAGUCUUGAGCCAAGUCUCAACCCUGUUUCACACUUUGUUGCAAUUGUUUAAAGUGGUCUUGAGUUCUGCAGGCUU